AUGGAAGGUCCAACAAUAUCUAACGGUCAACCCCCACCCCCACUCACUUCCUCUACCAACACACACACACACACACACCAUGCCUAAUCACCCUUAACCAAAAUCAAACCAACAAACACUCAAUGGCGUCUUCCAAUCACCUUACUUCUCUCGCUCUCACUCUCGGAGUUUUUGGUGACGGUGAGGAGGCAGUGGAUGAUCGGAAAGAGGAGGGUGCUAAUACGACGGUGACGGAGAUCAGUAGUGAAGCUUCCGGACCGGCGAAAUCACCAUCGGAUGACGACGGCGGUGAUAAAAGUAAGAAGAGGAAAAAGUACCACCGUCACACCGCCCAACAAAUUCAUGAGUUGGAAGCGCUAUUUAAGGAGUCGCCUCAUCCAGACGAGUCGCAAAGACAACAGUUGAGCAAGCGGUUAGGACUUCAUCCAAGACAAGUGAAAUUCUGGUUUCAAAACCGCCGUACGCAAAUCAAGGGUAUACAAGAACGCCAUGAAAAUUCGUUGUUGAAAUCAGAAUUGGAUACGUUACGUGACGAAAAUAAGUUAUUAAGGGAGAUGAUUAAGAAGGGUACUUGUUCUAACUGCGGUAGUUCUAGCAAGGAUGCCACCACUAACAACGAAGAACAACAGCUUCGGGUUGAAAAUGCUAAACUUAAAUCCCAGAUUGAGACGCUGAGAAAAUCAAUCGGGAAACACCCGCAAGGAACAUCACCGACAAACUCAUGUUCUGCCGGAAACGACAAUGAAAACAAAAGUUCAUUAGAUUUGUGUAGUGGGGUAUACGGGCCUGAAAAAUCUCGGAUAAUGGACAUUGUAAAUCUAGCUAUGGAAGAGCUUGUAAAGAUGGCUAGUGUCAGUGAACCACUAUGGGUCGAGAGCGUUGAAAGGGGCCGAGAAAUACUUAAUUAUGAUGUAUACUUGAACAAGUUCUCCACCGUGAAUUCAAGCAGUAAUCAACAAUUGAGAUACAUUGAGGCAUCUCGAGAUAGUGGCGUUGUCUUUGUGGAUCUACCACGGUUGGUUCAAAGUUUCAUGGAUGUGAGAGAAUACGUAGAGAUGUUUCCAUGCAUGAUCUCUAAAGCAGCUACCCUCGAUGUUAUCUGCAACGGGCAGGGUGCUAACAGAAACGGUGCAGUUCAAUUGAUGUUUGCUGAGCUGCAAAUGCUAACUCCGUUAGUGGCCACAAGGGAAGUGUAUUUCGUUAGAUACUCGAAGCAAUUGAACGCUGACAAGUGGGCAAUUGUUGACAUAUCUAUCGAUAAUGUAGAAAAACACAUCGAUGCAUCCCUUGCUAGAUGUAGAAAACAUCCAUCCGGUUGCAUUAUUGAGGACAAGUUAAACGGUCACUGUAAGGUGACCUGGAUAGAGCAUGUUGAAUGCGAAAAAAUCGUAGCUCAUUCUAUGUACCGUGCGAUCAUCAAUAGUGGUGUUGCUUUUGGUGCAAGGCGUUGGAUGGCCACAUUGCAGCAGCAAUGCGAGCGUCUUGUGUUCUUCCUUGCAACAAAUGUUCCUAAUAACGAUUCUACUGGUAUUGGUACACUGGCGGGGAGGAAAAGUAUUUUGAAAUUGGCUCAGAGAAUGACGUGGAGUUUUGGUCGAGCACUAGGAGGCUCUAGCGAUCGCACAUGGAAAAAGAUACCGAGUAAAACAGGAUAUGAUAUAAGGGUGGCUUCCAGAAUGAACCUAAAUGAUCCUGGUGAACCGUUAGGAGUGAUACUAUGUGCAGUUUCAUCUAUAUGGUUGCCCGUUUCUCACGCUGUUCUUUUUGAUUUCUUGAGAGACGACAAUCAAAGAAAUGAGUGGGAUAUUAUGUCAAGUGGUGGUCCAGUGCAAUCUAUAGCAAACUUGGCUAAAGGACAAGAUCGAGUAAAUACCGUUUCCAUCCAUAAAAUGAAGUCGAAAGAUAACAUGUGGAUGGUCCAGGAUAGUUGUACAAACGCAUACGAAUCCAUGGUGGUAUGUGCACGAGUGGCGGUGAGCGCCAUGCAAUCGGUAAUGGCUGGUUGUGACUCUAGAAGUAUCUCGAUAUUACCCUCGGGGUUUUCGAUUCUACCAGAUGGGAUUGAAUCACGGCCGUUGGUGAUCACAUCAAAGGCAGAUAAGCAAAGUUGGGAAAAUGGGUCAUUACUAACAGUUGGUUUUCAGAUUCUUACAAGUGACUCACCGACGUCUAAACUUAGUAUGGAAUCCGUGGAGUCGGUUAACACACUAAUAUCAAGCACCCUGCAGAAUAUCAAGAGGGGUUUACGAUGUGAAGAUCAGUGAUUAUAGUUGCAGUUAAGAGUUAAGACGAUACUUAUGAAACAUACUCGACUUUUUGCAAGUAGUUUUUUGGUAACCAUGAGAGCCCGUUAGAAAAAAACUUAUGGACCCCACAGCUAGUUUUUUGGUAACCAUGAGAGCCCGUUAGAAAAAAACUUAUGGACCCCACAGCUAGUUUUUUGGUAACCAUGAGAGCCCGUUAGAAAAAAACUUAUGGACCCCACAGCUUACGCCCGACAGGUGGCAUUCAGGGCGACUUUUUCCAAGUAUUAGGUGAAAAGGUCUCGGUACAAGUAUAUAUUUUUGGUGGGUUUUAUGCUUUUAAAAAGAUGGAUUUUAAUCUGUGAAUUAUAACUCUUGGAAUGACUUGGAUUAUGGUUAGUUUGAUCCUUAAUAUAUGCAAGAUUUUAACA